AUGAGCGAUCUUGCAAUUGGAUUGGCGUACCUGUGCAAGACGUGUUGUUGCAUCCGGGAUGCAGAGGUCACACCGGACGGCUCCCGUUUUCGGUCGCAUCCAAAACGAGAUCCACGAGAGCAGCUCGUGGACGACGAGUUCAUGGCGCGAAACUACCAUCAGGACGCUUCAGGUCACUUCCACAGCGAGCCAACUCCCACGAGCUCCAUGUUGCUGCCACCGCGUCAGCUCAGUGAUACUUCCGACAAGUCAAAGUUGGGAGAAGGGGAGAAGGGGUCGGUGCAAAUGACCCCGGAGGUGGAGGCCCCAGCGAUGGUGCAUGCUGCGUCGACUUCCACGGAGGCCACUCUUGCGUUGAAGGAAGAGGACGAUAAGAAGACCCCUGCGCCGUUGUCCAAUCUUCCAGCUGGGGGCUGA